CCAGGAGGUGCGCGUUCUGCCGUUGCCGUGGCAGCCAGAGUCGGUGCGGUGGCGGCUGCGCUGCUUUCUGACUGUUUGUGAUGGAUGUUCAGGAGAGAGAUCUGAUCGGUGGAGGGGAGAAUAUUGUUGAGAUGCAAGAUUUGGGUGAAGAGGAAUUUGCCGUCUCUAGAUCUUCAGACGCCGAUGCAGUGUUUGAUGCUGUAAUUGGGAACAUUGAGGAGAUCAUAAUGGAAGAUGCCUUCCAGAAUCUUCAGCAGUCUUUCAUGGAGAAAUAUUACCUGGAGUUUGAUGACUCUGAAGAGAAUAAGCUCAGUUAUACACCAAUUUUUAAUGAAUAUGUUGAUCUCUUAGAGAAGUAUCUGGAACAGCAACUGAUAGAGCGAAUUCCUGGCUUUAACAUGAAUGACUUCACACAUUCGCUGAAGCAACACAAAGAUGAAGUCUCAGGGGAUAUAUUUGACAUGCUGCUCACCUUUACAGACUUUAUGGCCUUUAAAGAGAUGUUCAUUGACUACAGAGCAGAACGUGAGGGACGAGGGCUGGACCUAAGCAAUGGCCUGAUGGUGAAAUCUUUGAGUUCGGCUACUUCUGCAAUGGUUACUUCCAGUACAGCAUCAGGCUCCCUCUGAGCCCAGGAGGGAUGAGGUGUCAUAUAACUCACAGUAAAUUCAUCACUUACAUACACUCUUUAAAAAGAUGGUUUUUCAAGGGUUCUUUAGUAAACACAAUGUUAAUAGAUCUCUAGAGAACUAUUAACAGUCAAAGACCCUUUGCAUAAUUAAAGUGUUCUUCGCAACAUGAAAGGUUUCUUCAGAUUAACAAAGAAUGUGCUGUAGGUAGUCCUACAAAGAACCUUUCUGAAAAGGGUUCUAUAUAGUACCAAAAAGGGUUUUUCUGUUGUUACAAUAUCAAGCUUGUAACAAUUCAUUAACUCAUGUUGGUGCUACAUAGAAUGCUUUAAUCAUGCAAAGCGUUCUUUAAGUGUUCAUGGUUCUAUAAAGGGCCAUUUUGCUUCCUUGAAGAACCAUCAUUUUUAAGUGUCUGCUCCUUACAUCAUAGCCGUUUCAAAGACCCCAACAUCACAUUUACGUUCCCUCAGCCAUGUGGGUAGUUUUGCUCCAGGUUCAGGAGCUUAGUUUACUGCCAUACUAGCUCAAUGAUGGGGACCAUGAGUUUGCUUUGGUUUAAUAUUUAAACUUGACAUUACCUAAUAGGUCCUGCUUUUGUUGUGGUUCCUCCCACAGUAUUUCAAAGGUUUACCAAGAGACUUACAUUUUUAGUUGGUGUCACUGUCCGUGAUAUUUAGUUAUGAUAGCUUUAUUACACAUAGAUGUAGUAUCUGCUGUAUUAAAAGUAAAGCUUUUGUUG